CACUCUCUCAAACUGCAAUCUACAAGGAAUACGAAUAGAGGAGGGAAUUAGACGCCCCCCUCUAUUAUAUCUCCAUCAACCCAACCAUUCUUUGAUAUCGAUACGUGACAGCACGCAAACAACUAGCAUGGUCAAUUCUGCUUCCUCCUCCUUUCUAUCCGCUACAGAUAUCGAGGCUAUGUACGCGCAAACCCCUACGCCAACCGAAACAUUAUCCGUGGUCGAAAAAUCUAUGGGAGGCUUUCAUGAAUUACUUGAAAAAGACAAAACGAAAAAUUCCAAUUGGCGGUUGGCAGAAGAAAACUGUCCCGAAGAAUGCAGUGAUGACUUCAAACUGAUUUUUCUGCGUUGUGAAGUGUUUGAGGUAGAGUUGGCAGUCAAGCGCUAUAUCAAGUACUGGGACAAUCGAAUAGAAACCUUCGGUAUUGACAAGGGAUUUCUACCGAUCAUAAAUUCCGAUGGCAGCCCCGGUGGUGCUAUGAAAGAUGACCUCGAAGCAAUCGAUUUUGGUUACUUUCGAAUGGCACCUCCUGGCAUGUGCGAAGAUCCAGAUGGUCGGGCAAUCUGUUUCCUUAACGCUUCUGUUUUGGAUGAGGAAUUUAUCAUUGGUGCACAAGGGAUGGUUCGAGCAUCGUGGUAUGCGAUUCACUUAGGUUUGCAAUCGGAAUCAGCCCAGCGGAAAGGAAUCGUUAUCAUUGCAAAAGCGCCGAAACGCCUCGCAAAAGCUUUGUCGAAGAGUCCUGGAAAACUCUUGGCGGCAUCCAUUCAAGGAGCCGUCCCCGUUCGAAUGGCGGCUUUGCACAUAUUAGAUCCACCUCCUGCAGUUUCGAUUCUAACAAAGUUUGUGCGAAUGGUUCUUGGGAAGAAAGUUAAGAAACGUAUAUAUGUCCACGAAUGUAAUUCCUUGGAAAAAAGGAUGGAAGCAUUGUCGAAAUAUGGAAUUUGUAGGGAACAACUGCCGAGAGCAGUGGGAGGCGACUUUGAUUUCGAUGAGAAAAGUUGGAAAAUUCUGGCAGCAAAAUAGAUUUGAAGGUACAGCAAUGCAUUUUUUCCGCUAAGUGUUCAUAGUGCACGGAAACUCAUUGUUCGAAGGGUGGAGAUGAAUGACUAUGCAAAUGACUGUCCGGAACAUGUAUAAUACUAGGCGAAAAACGAAAAUCAUGGCAAACUUCUUUACUACAAGUACUACUAUUAGUAUUAGUUAUUAAUAGAGGGGAUCCCACAUU